AACAAUAAAUACUGAAAACUGUUGGGAUGAUAACUGUUAAUGCUUUCUAUAUUCCACCAUUCAUCCAGCAUCGAAACAUUCAAAUAGAAUAAAAAACGAUGUUAAUCUUUGAAAAUAGCAGGUAUAUUUUGCUAUUGAUGUUGGUACAAAGUUUUGAAUUCAUUCAGACUAAACAAUGUAACAUUCCAGAGGACAAUGAAGAUAUUGACUGGGAUAAGCUUCAUGAUGACUGGUAUGAUGGACUUACAGAUGACGCAGGGAUGACGACAGAUUUCUUGGGGGGAAAGCUGGAGAAUUUCACUAAAACAAGCACAGGAGUGCAAUAUGUGAUCAUAGAAUUGAACAAAAAUUCUCCUGCACGAACGACAUCACUCCAUAUGACCAAACAACGAGCUGGUGUUUAUAGACCAGAAAAGAGUGAAGAAGCGGCUGUGUUGGCUCUAGAAGCAUUGAAACCAGAUGGCAGCAUAAAUGAGAAAGCUAUGAAAAUAGACGAAGCACUAUUUGGUGGUGAUAUAUUGAUACUAAGCGAUGAGAAGAACUACAUGAUUCAUGCAUUUUGUAGCCUCGAAGAUGAAUGGGUGGUCUGGGCAACAUUUCCAACAUUGAAUCCUACAAUUCAACAAAUAAGUUUGAUGUGGAACAAGCUCAUUGAGAAAGGAAUCAUUGUUCAACUUUAUCCUUACGAAACUGUUGGACACCCAUAGUGAAAAACUUGAACUGAAACUGUUAUACUAAAAUUUUGAAUGAAGGGAUUACUCAAAAGUAAAUUUAUAAAUUAUAACGCUCAAACACGAGUUUUUUUUUUUUUUUUUUUAUGUUUUGAUCAACCUCCUUCAAACAUAUAAAGAUCCCAACUUUUUAAACAGAAACAGUUUAAGUUAACUUAAUCUAAAACUUUCCUUCGUUUGGAAUGAAAUAUGAUUUUUUGUGCUUUUGCUUUUUAUUGUAUGAUUCCUGUAUAUUUGUCACAUCAGCAUACACAAAUCCAAGAGUGCAAGAAAACAUAGAGAUAGAAGACAUGCCCAAUAAUUUUUAUAUAUUUACGUUUGGAAACUUAGAUUCCCUAGGUCAGGGGGUUCCCAAUCUGGGGUAAAUGUACACCCAGGGUUAUAUUUCGACUUUUCAAGGAGUACAUUACAGAUAAAGUAUAAGGAAUUAAGAUUUCCAAAACUUCUAAUCUGCGUUGGAAUAUUAUAUUACCUGAUGUUAAUAAUUUAAAGAUGUAUAUUCUAUGUAGAAUGGCAAAUAAAAGUAUUACAGUAAUAUCCAAGUUCCAUUUGGAAUGCUUUAUUUGAAAUGAUAAAGGGAAGGAUCAGGAUGGACAAUAUAGAAGCAAGAAGGUAUGAAAGAGUAAUAAAUCUUCUAUCAAUGAAAAUUGUUUCACGACGCAGUCCACAAAUAUAAUGAAUUUGUUUAUGAAAUUAUUAUUCCGUGAGAAAUACUAGAACUGGUAAUAAAUUUGCUACCAAAUGAUAUUAUUACUAACAAUUUAUUAUUGUUAGAAUCUAAUUUCAAAUUCACUAGAGAACUGUAACAGUUCAGCCCUAAGGUUGACUAAUUUUGAUUACGAAUGUUGCAAAAGUGUCCAUAAAAAAUUAUGGUGGACAUAUUUUUUCAUAAUUUCUAAAAUAAGAGGUUUCCUUGAGCUACGAUCUAGAUUACUUAAGAUGGAAAGGAUAUAGGUAACCAGACUUGGAUAGUAGAGGGAGCUGCAAUCAAUGAGCAGGUUCAUAUCUAUGCUACUAGGGUUGGAAGUAAUUAAAGUUAAGAUGACCUAUAUUAUUUUAUGGUUGUUGGGAAGAGGGAAGCAUUCUGAAAUGGUUCUGAACCAUGAUUGUAUUUACUUUAAAAAAGACUCAUAUUGUGAGUUGGCAAUUUUGGUUAAAAACGGGCCCACAUUGUCUUU